AUGAGGGUUUCCCCGCUUUUGGAGAAGUGUUUGUGUCAAUCGAAAAGAGAGGGACAACUCCGGGCGGAGGCAGCCAGGCGCACUCGCUCCUUCCCUACCGCCCCAGCCCAGUCACCUCGACCCUUGGCCUGCCUGGCGGCCUCCGUGUCCUCAGGGCGACCCUCCCUGCGCCCGGGCUCCUUCGGGAGGCACUACGGGCUGGCUUCUCACCGCGCCUGGCCGUGCAUCGUGGCUCCAGUCACAACUCGCGGCCGCCUGGGCGCCGGCGGCUGGAACGGCUCGGCGCGGACCGCCGCUGUCGCCGCCCGGGCCGCGGCUCGUUGCUGGCCCUCCCCGGGCGCGUCCCUCAGUCCCUGGUUCCUGGCCCAGUCGCCGCCCUGGUGCGUCUCUCCCCAGCUCCGGCGGCUCGGUCACUGCUCCUGGCUGUUGGCUGAGCUCUGGAAGCCCCCUCGCCUUAAUGCAGCGCCCGCCGACGUCACUGCGGCCUGCGACCAAUCAGCGCCUCGCGGUCCCUCUGUAAACCAUUCUGCAUCCCCCGGCCCGGGAGAGUGCGGGGAGACCGCGUUUAGAGGAUCAGUGGCGGCGGCACCCGCGGCACCCGCGGCCCCGCGCUGCGCGGACGGCGGGCAGCACCGUGCCCGGGCCCCCUCCUGCUCCGCAUUGCACCCUCCAGAAAGGCUGAACUUGUUUACAGUUCCGUUAGCACUGGAUGAGAAUGUGGGCUCCUCGGAUUCCAGCCAGCCCUGGGCCACUGCUUCUCUCUUUGAGCCACCAGAUGCACUGCCUUUCUCCUCGGUGUGUUUCUACCGCAUUGUGUUGGCCCCUCCUCUGGAUUCAUUCUUCUGUGUACCAGAGAGACGUGCUUCUCUUGCUAGCUGGACUGAAGCACCAUGAGGCAGAGACCUUGCUUUAUUUAUCCAACUUGAGAUGCAGAAGACAGAAAUUCUUCCAAACCUGUGCCUUACAGGUACUGUUCAACUAUCGUGCAGCAAAUGAAUGGCUCUCAAUCUGGGGCUUGGCUUUGAAGGGAAGGUUGCUAAGCCUCCUAAAUCCUGAUGCACACCAAUGUCGUUUCCCCACUCAUCUGGAAACCUGGUGGGUCCUGCCCAAACACCUGUCAGUUCCACCUCCUGCUUGGCUGCCACCAUGCCAACAGUUUCCACUCAAGCCUUUCAGCUCUGCUUUGGGCACCUGAAGACAGAGUGAAUCAUCUUUCAAGAGUCACAAACUUUGCACAUGCCAUUCCCUCUGGUGAAAAUGCUUUUCCCUUUCUCCCAACUGCCUUAUCAUCAGUCUGCAAAAUAUUUAUUUCUGUUCCUAAAAUCUCAGAUAUCACUUCUCCAGGAGCUUUCCCAGAUGCCUCACUUUAUUCCAGAAGGAGCUAUCACCACUUUUGCCUGGCAAGUCCGUUUUCACGGUUACACUUAUACGCUAUGGCAAUUUAUUGGUGAUUUGUCUGUCUCCUCUAUCAACAGUGAAUUACUCAUCUAUCCCUGGAAACCUGGAACUGCUCAAUAAAUGUUUGUGGUGUGAAUAUA